AGGCUGCAGGGACAACAGUACCUUUAUUAGCUUCCCCCAGCACAGCUGGAAAAAAUAAGGAGGACAGACAGGCUUUCAGACACAUAACCCCCGAGCUUAGCCCCGCAUUCAGUCCUGUCUGCUGAUUUAAUAACAGAUAUCAGCUUUCCCUGCAGGCCGCGUCUCUUGUAUAGCCUUAAACCCUCCCAGUUAAAACACCGCUCCGGCGAAUCAAUCCAAGAUGGUUUUGUCCCUUUGAUCAGCACAGCAGGCAAUAAGUCACCGAUGGAAACGUGUUUCACUUCUGUGGCUCAAACAGGCGAUAGAAAUGGUGAAAGACAAUCCUCCCGUCCUGAACCGCCUGGCGAAAAUCUUCCAUUUCCUGGGCAAGCAGGAGAUGGCCAAAGGGAUAUGCAAUAUGGCACUGGAUGUCCCGCGGGACCCGCAGCUCCACUGGCAGGCGUACUGCACCUGGGCCCAAAUCCACAUGAAGAUGUAUCCGCAAGAUCUGGAACGUGCCAAGAUGGGACAGGGCCCAGUGCCUGACAGAAGGAAGCUCACGCAUGCUGAAAAUGACCUCGAAAGGGUCCGCAAGGUUUGUCCGUGCCUGAGGACAAACCUGGACAUGGGCCAGGUGAGCUAUUACAUGAGCAUGGAUGCCGUGUGAGAACUGCUCCGGGUGGAUGAAGCUCCAGACAAAGCCAUGGAGUUUGACCUGGGCGAUACCAUACCCAAACUGCAGCUCUUCAGGGGCAAAUGCCUGUGGCUUAAAAGCCAGGAAACGCUCGCCAUCGAGUGCUUCAAGCAGGCCAUCGAACUGGACGACGUGGGUUCCACUGAGAGCUUGCGGUGCCUGCCGGAGCCACUGCUUCUGCUCUUUGGCCAGAAGCAGCUGAAGACGGAAAUGCUGAUGCAGGAGAUGGAGCGGUAGGUUAAGAAAGCCGAGGAGAAAUUCCCACGGCAGCACCUGCAGCAGGAGCUGAGGGCGGUCUGCUGCAACCGCACGCUGGAGGUGACCCAGCUCUCCAAAGCCGUGAUCGCCUGGGGGAGGAUGGCGCUGGCGAAGCUGCUGCUUGAGACAAUGAAGGUCGACUCUUCCAAGGGCCGCCCAGCCACUCUCCCUCUGAGUCGUCAGGGUGGCAGCAGGUUCUGCACGGUGGCUGUCUCUCUCACGAGCUGUCAGGACCUUCUCAGUCUUCUAAAACCUAGUUGA